CCACCCGCCCACUGGGUGUCUGAGACCCAGAGCCCAUAGUAGCCGGAGGGCUCACUCCAUGCUGUGCCCACUGGGCAGGACUGUGGAGCUGAGCACCCAGUGGACAGGAGGCAGACUCCCACUCAGAGCAAGGAACCAUGCUGCGCCGUAAACCGUCCAACGCCAGUGAGAAGGAACCCACCCAGAAGAAGAAGCUUUCCCUACAACGAUCCAGCAGCUUCAAGGACUUUGCCAAGUCGAAGCCCAGUUCUCCAGUAGUGAGUGAGAAGGAAUUUAAUCUCGAGGACAAUAUCCCAGAGGAUGACACCGGAGGCCCCAUCACAGAAGAUGCUGGGAAGAGUGCAAAGAAGCUGGGCAAGAAGUGGAGGGCAGUGAUUUCCCGCACCAUGAACCGGAAGAUGGGCAAGACAAUGGUGAAGGCCCUGUCAGAGGGAAUGGGUGAUCCCCUGGAAGAAGGUUCAGCCUCCCCAACCUCACCAGACUGCCCCCUGGAGGGCUUGGCUUCAGAGGUGAUGCCCUUGGCCUUUACUGAACAGGAAGAUGGCGGCCACCUAGCCCUGAGCCGCCAAACAUCCACAAGCAGCGAGCUGGGCAGCCCAGGCCCUGGCACUGUGGGCUGCGGGCAGACCAGCCUGAGGGUGGAGGAGCUGAUGGCCCCGAUGUACACAGGCCCCUUCUGUGGCAGAGCUCGGGUCCACACUGACUUCACUCCCAGCCCCUACGACAGGGACUCGCUGAAACUCCAGAAGGGAGAUGUGAUCCAGAUUGUGGAGAAACCACCGGUGGGCACAUGGCUUGGGCUGCUUAAUGGCAAACUGGGUUCCUUCAAGUUCAUCUAUGUGGAUGUACUGCCUGAGGAGGCCAUGGGGCCUGCCCGGAGAGGCCGCCAACGUCCAAGCAAAGGCAAGAGGCCCAAACCCAAGACCCUGCAUGAGCUGCUGGAGCGCAUUGGCCUGGAGGAACACACUUCUACCUUGUUACUCAAUGGCUACCAGACGCUGGAAGACUUUAAGGAGCUUCGGGAGACACACCUCAAUGAGCUAAAUAUCGUGGAUCCCCAGCAUCGGGCCAAGCUGCUCACAGCCGCAGAGCUGCUCUUAGAUUACGACACUGGCAGCGAGGCGGAAGAAGGGCCCCAGACGAGCCUGGACCCGGCUCCGGAGCACACGUUGGACUCCAAGGCCGAUAUUCCCCGGGACUCGGGCUGCUUCGAGGGCUCCGAAAGCGGGAGGGACGAAGGCGAGGUGCCAGCCGCUGAGGAGCAGCUGCGCGCCCUAUCUCUGGAGGCAGGGGUGGGGCCGGCGCCCUGAGGCCCCGCCCACGCCGGCCGGGCCACUCGGGCUCCCUCUGCGCCUGCGUAGCCCCGGGACUCGGUCCUGUAGUGGCCCCUUGGAAGGAUGGAGAAGACUAACGCUGCCUCUCGGCUCCCAAAGGCCCCCGGGCAGGCCGGCGGCUGACAGCGGGGGCCCGCUCCAUGGGGAGCUGCCCUCCCUGACCCUUCCCCACCCGACCCCGUCCUGGCCUCCGCGGUGGCAGACUGGUUCCCCAGCAGGCUUGGUCCCCAGGAGCCGGCCUGGUGCGGGCCUUGGGGGGCAGCGAGGUGCAGUAGGGCCUGGGGUUUGGAAUCGGGCCUCCAUUCCAAUCCUAGCCCUGCUGUGUGCCCCUAGGGCAGAUGGUUCCUGUUCAGUCUCCUAACCCUCCACUUCUCCGUCCAAUGAAGGGCCUGGACUGGCUUGGACCCUGGGACAUCUCCCCAAAGCCCAUCCUCAUUUGUGCUUGCGCAUGGCUGAAGAGGCCCACUCCCACUCCUGCUCCCACUCUCCUGGCCACCCCGAGCUGGAGGGAGCAAACAGCCAAGGGCCCUCUGCUCGUUUUUCUUUUUUCCCUUCCAGGGGAGGCCGCUUUAACCUCCCCAUGUGCCCGGUUUAGGAAUUUGCUUUCCCUUCAUUUUUUGCCCUAUAAUUGGAUGAAGUCUUCAGGCAGCCCCCUUCUCCCUAGCCUGGGAGUUAAGGGGAGAGAGAUGUCGACCUGCCUCUGGCAGCUCAUUAACCAGAGGCAGACCUAGAGGUGAAGAAUUCUGGGACCCACAUGGGACACUCCAAGGAAAUGGGGCAUUGAACUCCAUGCUGUAGGGAGAGAAGGGGCCCGUCCUGAUUCAGAUUUGAAGAUUCCAGAAGGAGCAUGGAUCAAGGAAGCCCCCAGAGCACCACCACUUCACAUGGGGCAAAGAGAAGCCUUCAGGGCAGCCCUUCCCCAGCACCAGACUGCCUGGGCUGCCACAAUGAAUUUGGGCUUGUCAGACCCUGUCCCACAACCUAAUCCUGGAGAUUUUAAUGAAAGCUGGCUUGGAGAGGGGAGGGGGGCAUGGCAGGAAGGUUUAGGUUUCAAUAAAGCACGUGGAUAGAAACUA